CUGUUGUAAACAAUUUGAGAGUAAGAAUGAGACGAGGUGAUGCUAUUAUUGUAACUAGUUUUAGUAUAAUUAUCAUCUUUCUGUACAUAAUUCUAAUGGGAGGAUGUGGACAUUCAAACGAGGAGAAAAUUAUACUCUCAAGAUCAAAUGAUCCGUAUUCUUUAAAUGAUGAUGCAGAAGACCAGAUGACAGAUGGCAUGAACGAAAUCCAAUAUGGCGCCAUUAAUACGUCAAGAGCAUUAAGCAAUGUAGAGAUGAAAACACUAGAUGACAAGUCCAUGAUUAGGAAUGGUGGAAAUCUGAUGAACCAGAAUCCAAGAACUGUCAACCAGUCUGAAGUAGAUUUUUCAACUUACUUUUCAGAAGUUGAGAUUCGACUGACCAGAAUUAUCCUUCUGGCUGGUGUCAUGAAAUGUGGAACAGGCCCGAUGACAACGCUUCUCAGCAGACACCCGGAUGUCAGAGAAACUGUUGAUCUGCAAGUGUACUUAACGUAUAAUUUUGGUGUUCAGUGGUACUUAAAGAGGCUCCCAACAACCGUGAAAGGAAAAAGCGAUUGGUUGUUUUCAAGAUGCACGAAUUGUUUUGCAAUAAAGAAAGCACCUGCUUUGGUAAACGUAAUCCGUGAGAUCACAGGGAAACGUUUUAAGAUGUUGUUCAUCGUCAGAAACCCAAUUGACAGAGUUAUAUCCCACUAUACACAGCUCAUAAGUGACAAUGCUACUGUUGCAACAUUCGGGAAGUGGGUUCAGGAAAUUCUAGUGAACCCAUACAACAGUUCCCUUUUACAAAAAAGCCGUUACGUUGAACAUUUUGAAUCUUGGUACUCUUUAUUUGAAGAAAAUGACAUGCUUAUCAUUGAUCACAAAGAAUUUGUUAAGACGCCAUGGCUGGUUAUGCAAAAAGUAGAAAACUAUUUAUCCUUAGUUUCAUACUUCACAGAAGACAAAUUCAUGCUCAGUCAAAAUAGCCAAUACUAUUGUAUAAAGACUAAAGGUGAAAUGGAUGCAUGCUCUCAGAAUCUAGAUCAUAAAGGAAGGACACACAUCACUGUAAGUGAACAGGAUAGAAAACUUCUUCGAGAUUAUUUUCAUGUAUAUAAUGAACGCUUGUUUAAAUUGUUAAACAGACGAUUCGAUUGGGAUUGAAAGGACCUUUGAAGUAAAAUUAUCAUGUAUCAUUUUAUCAAAAUAAAAUGUAGUUAAGC